UGCGUCUUUUCUCACAUCCCGCCCCCCGAUUGCAUCCCCUCCACCCUGCAGCCCAGGCCGUGCGCCCCCUCCCUCCCGCGAUGAACCUGCCUCAGUUUCUCCAAUGAGACACCCCGAGGGCAGCCCCUUCCCCUGAGCCCCCCGAUGAGGACGGCUGCGCUCUGCGGGGAGUGUGCACUGCCCGGCCAGUGUGCGCCACGGCUGCGCGUUUUGGUGGAAAGCCCUGGGCCCCUGCUGGGGGUUGGGGUUGGGGGCUGGGUCGCCUGCGCCGAGUGUUGCUGAGGCUGCGUCUUGGGUGCGCAGCUCCGGCCCAGCCUCACCCAGGGGAACGCCUCGCAGGUGCUCACGGACGAUGGAGAGGUCCGCGCCCAGGGUGGGAGUCCGCGCUUCCGGCCGCCACCACCUCCACCUCCCUGCCAUCCUCGACAAGAUGCCUGCCCCCGGCGCCCUCAUCCUCCUUGCGGCCGUCUCCGCCUCCGGCUGCCUGGCGUCCCCGGCCCACCCCGAUGGAUUCGCCCUGGGCCGGGCUCCUCUGGCUCCUCCCUACGCUGUGGUCCUCAUUUCCUGCUCCGGCCUGCUGGCCUUCAUCUUCCUCCUCCUCACCUGUCUGUGCUGCAAACGGGGCGAUGUCGGCUUCAAGGAGUUUGAGAACCCUGAAGGGGAGGACUGCUCCGGGGAGUACACUCCCCCUGCGGAGGAGACCUCCUCCUCACAGUCGCUGCCUGAUGUCUACAUUCUCCCGCUGGCUGAGGUCUCCCUGCCAAUGCCUGCCCCGCAGCCUUCACACUCAGACAUGACCACCCCCCUGGGCCUUAGCCGGCAGCACCUGAGCUACCUGCAGGAGAUUGGGAGUGGCUGGUUUGGGAAGGUGAUCCUGGGAGAGAUUUUCUCCGACUACACCCCCGCCCAGGUGGUGGUGAAGGAGCUCCGAGCCAGCGCGGGGCCCCUGGAGCAACGCAAGUUCAUCUCGGAAGCACAGCCGUACAGGAGCCUGCAGCACCCCAAUGUCCUCCAGUGCCUGGGACUGUGCGUGGAGACGCUGCCGUUUCUGCUGAUUAUGGAGUUCUGUCAACUGGGGGACCUGAAGCGUUACCUCCGAGCCCAGCGGCCCCCCGAGGGCCUGUCCCCUGAGCUACCCCCUCGAGACCUGCGGACGCUGCAGAGGAUGGGCCUGGAGAUCGCCCGCGGGCUGGCGCACCUGCAUUCCCACAACUACGUGCACAGCGACCUGGCCCUGCGCAACUGCCUGCUGACCUCUGACCUGACCGUGCGCAUCGGAGACUACGGGCUGGCCCACAGCAACUACAAGGAGGACUACUACCUGACCCCAGAGCGCCUGUGGAUCCCACUUCGCUGGGCGGCGCCCGAGCUCCUCGGGGAGCUCCACGGGACCUUCAUGGUGGUGGACCAGAGCCGCGAGAGCAACAUCUGGUCCCUGGGGGUGACCCUGUGGGAGCUGUUUGAGUUUGGGGCCCAGCCCUACCGCCACCUGUCAGACGAGGAGGUCCUCGCCUUCGUGGUCCGCCAGCAGCAUGUGAAGCUGGCCCGGCCGAGGCUCAAGCUGCCUUACGCGGACUACUGGUAUGACAUUCUUCAGUCCUGCUGGCGGCCACCUGCCCAGCGCCCUUCAGCCUCUGAUCUCCAAUUGCAGCUCACCUACUUGCUCUCCGAGCGGCCUCCCCGGCCCCCACCGCCGCCACCCCCACCCCGAGACGGUCCCUUCCCCUGGCCCUGGCCCCCUGCACACAGUGCGCCCCGCCCGGGGACCCUCUCCUCACCGUUCCCCCUACUGGAUGGCUUCCCUGGAGCCGACCCCGACGAUGUGCUCACGGUCACCGAGAGUAGCCGCGGCCUCAACCUCGAGUGCCUGUGGGAGAAGGCCCGGCGUGGGGCCGGCCGGGGUGGGGGGGCACCUGCCUGGCAGCCGGCGUCGGCCCCCCCGGCCCCCCACGCCAACCCCUCCAACCCUUUCUACGAGGCGCUGUCCACGCCCAGCGUGCUGCCUGUCAUCAGCGCCCGCAGUCCCUCCGUGAGCAGCGAGUACUACAUCCGCUUGGAGGAGCACGGCUCCCCUCCUGAGCCCCUCUUCCCCAACGACUGGGACCCCCUGGACCCAGGAGUGCCCGCUCCUCAGGCCCCCCAGGCCCCCUCCGAGGUCCCCCAGCUGGUGUCCGAGACCUGGGCCUCCCCCCUCUUCCCUGCGCCCCGGCCCUUCCCAGCCCAGUCCUCAGCGUCAGGCAGCUUCCUGCUGAGCGGCUGGGACCCCGAGGGCCGGGGCGCCGGGGAGACCCUGGCGGGAGACCCUGCCGAGGUCCUGGGGGAGCGGGGGACCGCCCCGUGGGUGGAAGAAGAAGAGGAGGAGGAGGAGGGCAGCUCCCCAGGGGAAGACAGCAGCAGCCUUGGAGGUGGCCCGAGCCGCCGGGGUCCCCUACCCUGUCCCCUGUGCAGCCGCGAGGGGGCUUGCUCCUGCCUGCCACUGGAGCGGGGGGACGCCGUAGCAGGCUGGGGAGGCCACCCUGCUCUUGGCUGCCCCCACCCCCCCGAGGACGACUCCUCGCUGCGGGCAGAGCGGGGCUCCCUGGCCGACUUGCCCAUGGCCCCCCCCGCCUCGGCCCCCCCCGAGUUUCUGGACCCCCUCAUGGGGGCGGCGGCGCCCCAGUACCCCGGGCGGGGGCCACCUCCCGCUCCCCCCCCCCCGCCGCCACCUCCUCGGGCCCCCGCGGACCCGGCCGCGUCCCCCGACCCCCCUUCGGCCGUGGCCAGUCCCGGUUCAGGCCUCUCGUCGCCGGGCCCCAAGCCGGGGGACAGCGGCUACGAGACCGAGACCCCUUUUUCCCCAGAGGGAGCCUUCCCAGGUGGGGGGGCGGCCGAAGAGGAAGGGGUCCCUCGGCCGCGGGCUCCCCCCGAGCCACCCGACCCAGGAGCGCCCCGGCCACCUCCAGACCCGGGUCCGCUCCCACUCCCGGGGCCCCGGGAGAAGCCGACCUUCGUGGUUCAAGUGAGCACGGAACAGCUGCUGAUGUCCCUGCGGGAGGAUGUGACAAGGAACCUCCUGGGGGAGAAGGGGGCGACAGCCCGGGAGACAGGACCCAGGAAGGCGGGGAGAGGCCCCGGGAACAGAGAGAAAGUCCCGGGCCUGAACAGGGACCCGACAGCCCUGGGCAACGGGAAACAAGCCCCAAGCCUGAGCCUCCCAGUGAACGGGGUGACAGUGCUGGAGAACGGGGACCAGAGAGCCCCGGGCAUCGAGGAGAAGGCGGCGGAGAAUGGGGCCCUGGGGUCCCCCGAGAGAGAAGAGAAAGUGCUGGAGAAUGGGGAGCUGACACCCCCAAGGAGGGAGGAGAAAGCGCUGGAGAAUGGGGAGCUGAGGUCCCCAGAGGCCGGGGAGAAGGUGCUGGUGAAUGGGGGCCUGACACCCCCAAAGAGCGAGGACAAGGUGUCAGAGAAUGGGGGCCUGAGAUUCCCCAGGAACACGGAGAGGCCACCAGAGACUGGGCCUUGGAGAGCCCCAGGGCCCUGGGAGAAGACGCCCGAGAGUUGGGGUCCAGCCCCCACGAUCGGGGAGCCAGCCCCAGAGACCUCUCUGGAGAGAGCCCCUGCACCCAGCGCAGUGGUCUCCUCCCGGAACGGCGGGGAGACAGCCCCUGGCCCCCUUGGCCCAGCCCCCAAGAACGGGACGCUGGAACCCGGGACCGAGAGGAGAGCCCCCGAGACUGGGGGGGCGCCGAGAGCCCCAGGGGCUGGGAGGCUGGACCUCGGGAGUGGGGGCCGAGCCCCAGUGGGCACGGGGACGGCCCCCGGCGGCGGCCCCGGAAGCGGCGUGGACGCAAAGGCCGGAUGGGUAGACAACACGAGGCCGCAGCCACCGCCGCCACCGCUGCCACCGCCACCGGAGGCACAGCCGAGGAGGCUGGAGCCAGCGCCCCCGAGAGCCAGGCCGGAGGUGGCCCCCGAGGGAGAGCCCGGGGCCCCAGACAGCAGGGCCGGCGGAGACACGGCACCCAGCGGAGACGGGGACCCCCCCAAGCCCGAGAGGAAGGGCCCCGAGAUGCCACGACUAUUCUUGGACUUGGGACCCCCUCAGGGGAACAGCGAGCAGAUCAAAGCCAGGCUCUCCCGGCUCUCGCUGGCGCUGCCGCCGCUCACGCUCACGCCAUUCCCGGGGCCGGGCCCGCGGCGACCCCCGUGGGAGGGCGCGGACGCCGGGGCGGCUGGCGGGGAGGCCGGCGGGGCGGGGGCGCCGGGGCCGGCGGAGGAGGACGGGGAGGACGAGGACGAGGACGAGGAGGAGGACGAGGAGGCGGCGGCGCCGGGCGCGGCGGCGGGGCCGCGGGGCCCCGGGAGGGCGCGAGCAGCCCCGGUGCCCGUCGUGGUGAGCAGCGCCGACGCGGACGCGGCCCGCCCGCUGCGGGGGCUGCUCAAGUCUCCGCGCGGGGCCGACGAGCCAGAGGACAGCGAGCUGGAGAGGAAGCGCAAGAUGGUCUCCUUCCACGGGGACGUGACCGUCUACCUCUUCGACCAGGAGACGCCAACCAACGAGCUGAGCGUCCAGGCCCCCCCCGAGGGGGACACGGACCCGUCAACGCCUCCAGCGCCCCCGACGCCUCCCCACCCCGCCACCCCCGGAGAUGGGUUUCCCAGCAACGACAGCGGCUUUGGAGGCAGUUUCGAGUGGGCGGAGGAUUUCCCCCUCCUCCCCCCUCCAGGCCCCCCGCUGUGCUUCUCCCGCUUCUCCGUCUCGCCUGCGCUGGAGACCCCGGGGCCACCCGCCCGGGCCCCCGACGCCCGGCCCGCAGUCUCUUCUCUCUCCCCUCUCAGUCAACAGACACCCCACCCAGCUCUGGAACCAGCUCAGACCAGGCGACGUCCAUCAGACGGUCGUAGGCAGGCAGGCCGGCCGUCCCCAACCCCCGAGCCUCAGUUUUGCCUUCUGUGGGGAUUACCCCCACCCCCGACUCUUGCCCAUCUUUGUCCCAUCUCUGGGCUCAGACUCCGGCCUGGCACUUGCCGGAUCCUGAUCCCACCUCCGUUUGGGGAACACGGUGCUCAGGGGCAGACAAGGAGAGAGAAACCCAGAGUGCUCAAAGCCGGUUGGUGUGAACCAGAGCAGGGAGGACACAGCUGGGGGUUAGAGAGCAGUCACAGCGGCACCGCUGCUCUCGCGUGGACCCUGCAGUGCCUCACCACAGUUUAACCCAUUUAAUGUUCAUUGCGAUCCCAUGGGGUGGAUUCUAGCCUCGUCCUCAUUUUGUGUGUGUGUGUGUGUGUGUGUGUGUGUGUGUGUGUGUGUGUGUGUGUGUGACGGAGUCUCGCUCUGUCGCCCAGGCUGGAGGGAGUGGUGGAAUCUAAGCUCAGUGCAACCUCUACCUCCUGGGUUCAAACGAUUCUCGUGUCUCAGCCGCCCAAGUAGCUGGGUUCAGAGGAGUGCACCACCACACCCAGCUACUUUUUUUGUAUUUUUACUACAGACAGGGUUUCACCAUGUUGGCCAGGCUGGUCUCCAACUCCUGACCUGGAAUGAUCCAGCCACCUCGGCCUCCCAAAGUGCUGGGAUUACAGGCGUGAGCCACCAGGCCUGGCCAGUCUGGUCCCAGUUUUACAAAAGAGAACACUGAGGCACGGAGAGAAGUGAGGAGCUGGGAUUCAAACCCACAGUUGCGCGGCCUCUGAGUCUGUGCCCUCUCCAGUAGUGAACAUUGGUCAGGUUUCUUUCCUGGCGUUUCACAUGCGCCAUAUCGCUAAUCCUCGUGGCCACCUUGGGAGAGGGGUCAUGCCGCCCCUAGUUUCCAACUUUUAGCGAUGCUAAGGCCACUCUCUGGGAGAGGAGGGCACACGGGCAGGUCCCAGCGCAGGACUGGAACGGGACUCGGCUCUCUGCUGCCCUCUGCUGCCGAGCCAGGGAACACCCCAGGACCCAGGGCUUGUGCCCAGCUCGGCGGGACCGGUGGUGCUCCCCGGUAUCAGAGCUAAGGUAGAAGACGCCACUGGAGAGUUUCACUCCUACUUCCCCAAUCUUGCCUGAGUCCAGAUAUUGUCCCUGCCAUUUCUUAGCUGUGUGACCUGGGGCAAGUCGCUUUCCCUCUCUGUGCUUCAGUUCCCUCAUCUGUAGAGUGGGAAUGAUAACAGGAUCUAACUCAUGAGAUUGCUGAGGGAAUUAAAUGGCUUAAUCCUCCCGUGUAUGCAGCACAGAGCCUGUUCGUGCAGCAGCAGUCUCUAACCAUUAGCUAUUAUUAUUAUUUAGUUAGUUAGUAUUUUUGAGACGGAGUUUUGCUCGUCGCCCAAGCCGAAGUGCAAUGGUGUGAUCUCGGCUCAUUGCAACCUCCACCACCCGGGUUCAAGUGAUUCUCCUGCCUCAGCCUCCUGAGUAGCUGGAAUUACAGGCACCCACCACCA